GGAUAUUUUCCUUCGAUUGGUCACCGUGUCGCGCCCCUUCGACGACACGCCCACAUUCAGCUGGUCGCGCAUUGAUGACGUAAACAACUGCGAUUCUAGUUGAACCACAGUAGCUUUUAUUGUCAAUAAAACAGGAUAGCUAUGAACUGGAAUAAAGGUGGUUCGGGUGUGAAGCGAGGGUUUGGAUUUGGAGGGUUUUCCCUGGCGGGGAAGAAAGAGGAGCCCCGCCUUCCUCAGAAAUCACACACAUCAUUUGGGGGUACCGGAUCGAGUGGGGGAUACGGGAAAGGCCAGCAGCUUCCGUCAUUCUACAAAAUAGGGACUAAACGAGCCAAUUUUGAUGAGGAAAAUGCGUAUUUUGAAGAUGAUGAAGAAGAGUCUAGUAGCAACGUGGAUCUGCCAUAUAUUCCUGCCGAAAAUUCCCCCACGCGGCAGCAGAUGCAGGCAGGCAGAGGCUCAGACAGUGAAGACGACCCGUUGGAUGCCUUUAUGGCAGAGGUUGAGAACCAAGCAGCUAGUGACAUGCGAAAACUGGAGGAGAAGGAGAAAGAGAAGAAGUCAAACAAGGGUAUACGUGAUGACAUUGAGGAAGAAGAUGAGCAAGAAGCCUACUUCCGCUACAUGGCAGAGAAUCCCACAGCAGGGCUAACCCAAGAAGAAGAGGAGGAAAACGUCGACUAUGACAGUGAUGGAAACCCAAUUCCCUCCACCACUAAGAAAAUCAUUAUGCCGCUUCCUCCUAUCGACCACUCAGAGAUUGAUUAUCCUCCGUUUGAGAAAAACUUUUACAAUGAGCACGAGGAGCUCAGCAGCCUCACUGGAAGUCAAGUGGUGGAAUUACGGCAGAAACUGAACUUGCGAGUAUCUGGCGCUGCUCCACCAAAGUUAUGCACCAGCUUUGCCCACUUCGGUUUCGAUGAGCAGCUGAUGCACCAAAUCCGAAAGUCUGAGUACACUCAGCCCACACCGAUUCAGUGUCAGGGUGUGCCCAUCGCUCUGUCCGGACGUGACAUGAUCGGGAUUGCCAAAACCGGCAGCGGUAAAACCGCAGCGUUCAUCUGGCCGAUGCUGGUCCACAUCAUGGAUCAGAAGGAGCUGGAACCGGGAGAGGGACCCAUAGCGGUCAUCGUUUGUCCCACGAGAGAGCUUUGUCAGCAGAUCCACGCAGAGUGCAAGCGCUUUGGAAAAGCUUACUCACUGCGCUCUGUAGCUGUUUAUGGAGGAGGCAGCAUGUGGGAGCAGGCGAAGGCCCUUCAGGAGGGAGCAGAGAUUGUCGUGUGCACUCCAGGACGUCUGAUCGACCACGUGAAAAAGAAAGCAACAUCCCUUCAGAGAGUGACGUACCUGGUGUUUGAUGAAGCGGACCGAAUGUUUGACAUGGGCUUUGAAUAUCAGGUCAGAUCCAUCGCUAGUCACGUUCGUCCCGACAGGCAGACUCUUCUGUUCAGCGCUACAUUUCGAAAGAAGAUUGAAAGAUUGGCGAGAGACAUUUUAGUGGAUCCUAUUCGUGUGGUACAGGGAGACAUCGGAGAGGCCAAUGAAGACGUGACUCAGGUUGUGGAGAUGCUCCCCAGCGGCUCAGACAAAUGGGGUUGGCUGACUCGGCGCUUGGUGGAGUUCACCUCGACCGGCUCGGUCCUCAUUUUUGUCACCAAGAAGGCGAACAGCGAGGAGCUAGCCACAAACUUGACGCAGGAGGGCUACAGCCUUGGCCUCCUGCACGGAGACAUGGACCAGAGCGAGAGGAACAAAGUCAUCAGCGACUUCAAAAAGAAGAACCUGCCCAUCUUGGUGGCCACCGAUGUUGCUGCUCGUGGUCUGGACAUCCCCUCCAUUCGCACAGUGGUGAACUACGACGUGGCGCGAGACAUCGACACUCACACACACAGGAUCGGCCGAACUGGUCGCGCUGGAGAGAAAGGCGUGGCCUAUACACUGCUAACCAACAAAGACACAACGUUUGCUGGAGAUCUCGUGCGGAAUUUGGAGGGAGCGAAUCAAGCCGUUUCCAAAGAGCUGAUGGAUUUAGCCAUGCAGAAUCCCUGGUUCAGGAAGUCCCGGUUUAAGGGAGGUAAAGGGAAAAGGCUGAACAUCGGUGGUGGGGGCCUCGGCUACAAAGAGAGACCAGGACUGGGAGCUGAAAGCUCUGAUCGUGGCAUCAGCAGCAGUUUGCCGUCAGCCAGUAGCUUUGAAGGUUAUAGCAAACCGACCUCUGGAGCGAUGGGGGAUCGCAUGUCUGCACUGAAACAAGCCUUCCAGGCUCAGUAUAAAAGCCACUUUGUUGCUGCAUCCAGCGGUCCUCCGAAGCUCAGCGCCAAAUCCAGCAGCACCUCCGGCUGGACCAGCGCUGGCAGCCUGAGCUCUGUCCCAACAGAAUCCGCCAACGGCUCAGAACGCUCUCACAUGGCCAACUUCGCCAUGGCUGGUUUCACCAGCGCCGGCUCCCUGAGCUCGGUGCCCCCCGUCCCCAGCAGCCCACAGCACAGCGUCGCCACCCCCCCACCCCCCUCCCCAAAAGAGAGCUCACGAGACAGACAUGGGGAGGAGCGGGGCCGCCACGACGACAGUCACCGCCACAGCGACAGAAGCGAUAGGCACAGCGGAGACGAUCGCCACGGAGACCGAGAUCGGGAUCGCCGCGGAGACCGGGAUCGGGACCGGCAUGGGGAUCGGGAUCGCCACAGCAGCAGCAGCCGCCACAGCGACAGCCGCAAUGGCGACGGAAGCAAGAGAGAUCGAGACGACAGCAGGGGCGAUAGAGAUGGAGGAGACAGGAGGAGCGGAGAAGGGCGGGACAGAGAUGACAGCUUUGCCGUCCCUGACCCACCAAAACGAAGAAAAAGCCGAUGGGACAGCUAAGGGAAGAUUAGCAAACGCGAUAAUAUCAUUUUGUGCUACCAACUUUUUGCUCCAUAACAGAAUCUGUAGCUGUAGCAGGACAGACGCUGGCACAAGCACAAAUCUAAGAGGGUUUACUUUAAAUCUAGUGAACGCGUCCUAAAAACCCCGUCAGGUUGAUUAAGACCUCAGUGAAACCCAGUUUGCUCUGAUGACGGCUUAAAGACGGCCAUUGUACAUACGCCAUCCAGGCUGCUAUCACUGUAAGCAAUAGAGUUGUAAUGAAAACUUGUCUGUGAAUUAAAAAAAGUGUUAUUGUUCAUGA